CAAAUUUGGAGCUUGAUUGUCGCCAUAUUGUUUCUUGGUGCACUUGCUGGAUCUUUUUCAAUUCGAUUGAUAGCCGAUCGAAUCGGUCGGAAGCAAGGGCUUUAUGUAUCUAUGGUUAUUGGAUGUGUUUCUGCAGGGCUCUCAGUAGGGUCCAAGUUUAUUCCUAGUGUUAUAAUGUAUUCAGUUUCACGAGUAACAAUGGGUUACUCCGUUAGUUUGAGUUUGGGUCUCGCGGCGUUGUUUCUCUCAGAAUCAAGCCCUAAAGAAUGUCGUGGUGCAAUCGGAAUGAUCACUGGUACAUGUGUGCAAUUCGGUACUGUUGUUGGUUCAGUCUUAGCAAUGCCACAAAUUUUGGGUACUUUUAAUCUGUGGCCAUAUAUUUAUGUUAGUGAAAUUGGAAUGAUGCUAGUUUUUGCGAUAUUUCUUCCGUUUCUGCCAGAAACGCCA